AUGAGUAGAGAGAAGGAAGAGGCUUUGUUUAGUAUACUCCAUAUUUAUGACGAACCAGAGGAGAGGAGGAACGUGCCAGAAAGCUCUGGCAUUUCCUCCCAGCAUGAGCAUCAAGCACAGUCCCAACCGGAGGGGGUCUUCCUGCCAGGACCCGAGUUUGGCCGGCCUUGCCCUUUGCCUCCGCCUAGGGAAGAAGUCUGGUCGUUCCUCGGGGCAAUGCCGCCGGUUCCGGAUGAAGCCGUGGUCAGGCAGAGGGUCCCCUGGAGGUGCUGGAAGGUUGGCAGGCUCCGCCAUGGAAAGAAAGUCCAUGCUGUUGCCAUCAGCGGCUCGACUCACCACGUGUACGCGUGUGGCCACGGCUACAUUAAGGUCUGGGAUGAGAGCGCUCUGCAUGCCUGCAACAAGGCCCCGCAGGCCCAGCUGGACUUGCAGGACCAUCAGAACUGCGUCCUCGCCUGCAAGCUGUUCCCCGACGGGCAGCGCCUCAUCACUGGGGCUCUGUCCCGGAACCUGACACUGUGGGAUCUGGCACCCACACCCCGUGUCAGGGCACAGCUGGCCUCCACGGGCCCCAUGUGCUAUUCCCUGGCGCUCUCCUCCAAUGCCCAGAUCUGCUUGGCUUGUUUCAAAGGAUUUGUCGAGAUUUGGGAUUUGCAGAACCAAAUCUUGAUCACGAAGCAUGAGGUCCCCGAAUAUGGGUCCCGCUGUGUGGACAUCGCAGGCAGUAAGUUCUGGACAGGAGGAGAAGACACCAGACUAUAUUCCUGGGACCUGAGGUGCUACCAGAGGUUGCAGCAGCACGAAUUACGGCCAGAGAUCCUCAGCAUUACCCACGACCCCAGUGAGGAGUGGGUGCUAGUAGGUCUGAGGACGAGCAAUAUCAUCAUUCUCCACACGCACCGGAGGGAGAAGUUUAAGGCAGUCCUUCAUAAAUAUGUCAACCACCACAACCUCCAGUUUGCCUCCUGUGGGAGCUAUUUUGUGACCGCACUGGACGAGGCGAUCCACUGCAUAGCUGCACCUUCUCUGCAAAGGUUGUUUCAGGUAGAGGAGCCUACGGAUGUCCUGUGUUGUGAUGUGUCUUCUGACAACCAGUAUCUGGUCACGGGCUCCGAGAACAGUGCCACGGUUUACCAGCUCUUGUACUGA